AUGCCGUCAGAAUACCCCCAAGGAUCAUUGAAAAAGAUACACAGGGUCAGCGAGACUACACAGAGAACAGAUGAUAUAACAGAUAUACAAUUUUCGCCAGAUUUUGGUACAAGGAUUGAACCUUUUCCAGAUGAGGACACGACCUCAACAGUGAUGGUGCUGGAAAAUGAGAAGCCAUCACUGAUGGUUUUAUUUUUAACCUUUUUGGCUUCCAUCUCUGGUUUUAUGUUUGGAUAUGACACCGGUUAUAUUUCAUCUGCAUUGGUGUCUAUCGGGGACAGUUUCGGCAAAACAUUGUCAUAUGGUAAUGAACAAUUCAUUACGGCUGCCACUUCACUUGGUGCCUUGAUUACCGCCAUUAUAUCUGGAUUAAUCGUUGACUAUUUUGGCAGGAAGCCAGUUUUAAUGGUUUCUAACAUCUUAUUUGUUAUUGGCAGUGUUAUUCAAUGUGCUUCACAUAAUGUGUGGACAAUGAUAAUUGGAAGGUUGAUAAUGGGUUUUGGUGUUGGAACUGGAUCAUUGAUUGCCCCUCUUUAUAUUUCCGAAUUAGCUCCAAGCACAUUUAGGGGUAGAUUAGUUGUGCUUAAUGUUCUUGGAAUCACAGGGGGCCAACUUAUUGCAUAUGCCAUUGGUGCAGGAUUAGAUUCAGUGCAUAAUGGCUGGAGAAUAGUGGUUGGCAUAUCUAUUAUUCCUCCGGUGAUCCAAUUUGCUUCAUUUCUCUUCUUACCGGAUACACCUAGGUUUUUGGUGAUGAAAGGAAAAUUCGAUCUUGCAGCCAAGGUCAUCAACAGGAUUUAUAACGGUGCAACACCUGAAUUAGUGGAAGAAAAAAUACGGGAAUUGCAGAUCGCUAAUUCAGAGAUUCCUGGUAGAAGUGUACUUCAAAGGUAUAAAUAUUCUCUCAUUAAGAUUCACACAGUUCCAUCUAAUUUCAGGGCAUUGUUUCUUGCCUGUGCCCUUCAAGCUAUUCAACAGUUUACAGGUUUCAACUCUUUAAUGUAUUUCUCUGCCACAAUAUUUAAGGCGAUCGGCUUCAACAACUCUACAGCCGUGUCAAUUAUUGUUGCAGGAACAAACUUUGUUGUCACCUUACUUGCAUUUUUUGUUAUCGAUCGUGUUGGACGGAGGCGGAUGCUAUUACUUUCGCUCCCAUUAAUGAUGAUUUUCCUUAUUUUGUGUGCUGUCGCAUUUCAUUUUAUUGAUAUACACUUUGAAAAUCAUUCCGCAUAUGUUAAUGGCUCAGUCUCCAAAUGGGGGAUUGUUGUUGUCAUCGCAAUGAUUCUUUAUACCGCUUCUUAUGCAAUUGGAAUUGGCAAUGUUCCUUGGCAGCAAUCUGAACUAUUCCCACAGUCUGUUCGGGGACUUGGAACAUCAUUUUCUACGGCAACGAAUUGGGCUGGAUCACUCGUUAUUUCGGCCACUUUCUUAACAAUGUUGGAAAAUAUUACGCCCACCGGUACCUUCGCUUUAUUUGCUGUACUUUCAGCAUUGUCGUUUGUUUUGGUGUACUUCUGUUACCCAGAGCUUUCAAACCUAAGUUUGGAAGAAGUUGAAAUGGUUCUUACGGGAGGUUUUAAUAUUAAAGCCUCUGAGAAACUUGCAAAGAAGAGAAAGAGACAACGGAUCAACAAUAAAAUGAAAGACCAGGAUAAGCCAAGCACCCAAAUCAAUGCUGCAUGA